AUGAAUGCUCGAUCCCAAACUUUCGAAUUCUCAGUCGAAGGUCGACAAAUCGAUGAAGUCGUAUCCUGUAUGUUUCAUACCAUACUGUUUCAUCGUUGUGUUGGAAAGUAUCAUACCAAAGGAGAAGAUAGUUAUUCAGUUGGAACACUAGGUUACACAGAUGUUGAUUGUGAUUACAUCGAUUUCACUUAUCUUCAAGUAACUAGUCAAGAACUUCAACGCGCAGUGGCGGAGAAAAUCAACCAAUUUCACGAUAAACUUCGUUCAUCGGAAGCGAAUCGUAGUGGUCAAAUUACAUUGGAAUUUUAUCAGAAGAAAAAAUCUCGUUGGAUGUUUAAACCUGAAGAAAUUCCGUGGGAAAUUUGGACGAUAAAAAUUGACCAAAUGCAGCUAUCUAGCGAGAAUGAACGACAAUUUGUGCGUGAAAAACUUUCGGAUACACUGACAGAACGUAUUUUUCAAAUAACUGAAAUAAUUAACAAACCAGAUUACGUUCCAAAACCACCACAUCUUUCUGAGUUAGACUUAGUCUUCGACACGUCUUACACCGACAUUCAACCCUAUUUAUUCAAAAUUCACUUUAGUGAUACACCAACCAUUGUUAAUCACGUCAAAACGAUGAUUAAAGAAGCUUUUAACACAUCGCUUUAA